AGAUAAUAGAAAGGAGAGAAAACACCGAAAGAGCUUCAGGUCACUCACUCGUCUCCUUCUCAUCUCUCACCUAUUAUAACUGAUCAUUUCAAGCACCUUUUUCUUCUUCUACAUCACAACAAAACCCUAUCUCCUUCUCACUCUCUCUCGGAUCUGUAGAUCUGAUUCUGGUUCAACUCUCAACACACCCUUCUACAGGUGUUGAUUAAUUUAUCCAAUUUUCGCGUGUUUGUGAUUCGGUUUGAUUUGAUUUACAUGUUUGGAUGUGAACGGGGAAUAUCGCGGGUUGUUUUGGUGGUGAAAUGAGGGAUGCUAUCUCGGUUAAUGGACUUGUACCUGAGCUCCUGCUGGCGGCGGCGAGGAUCCACGGACCACCGCAAAGGGGGCUCGGAUGUGGUUUCGGGGCGGAAGGAAGGGCUGUUGUGGUACAAGGACACCGGACAGCACUUAUUUGGUGAGUACUCUAUGGCGGUGGUGCAGGCUAACAACCUGCUUGAGGAUCAGAGCCAGCUUGAGUCUGGUCCACUCAGCUUCAUCGACGAUGGUGGCGGCCCGUACGGUACUUUCAUCGGUGUCUAUGAUGGUCACGGUGGACCUGAGACUUCACGCUACGUUUGUGAUCACCUCUUCCAGCAUCUAAAAAGAUUUGCGUCUGAGCACAAGUCUAUGUCGGUGGAGGUUAUUCGGAAGGCAUACCAAGCCACGGAAGAAGGUUUUCUGUCAGUGGUUACCAAACUGUGGCCUAUGAACGCCCAAAUUGCUUCUGUUGGAUCUUGUUGUUUGGUUGGUGUGAUUUGUGGUGGUGUCCUCUAUAUUGCUAACCUUGGUGAUUCCCGUGCUGUACUUGGGCGCGUUGUCAGGGCAACUGGGGAGGUUUUGGCAAUCCAACUUUCUUCGGAGCAUAAUGUGAGUAUAGAAUCUGUGAGACAAGAAAUGCAUUCUUUGCAUCCGGAUGACUCGAAAAUUGUGGUUUUGAAGCACAAUGUAUGGCGGGUGAAGGGUCUGAUACAGGUUUCUAGAUCCAUUGGUGAUGUAUACCUUAAAAAGGCAGAAUUUAACAAGGAACCUCUUUAUGCUAAGUUUCGUCUUCGUGACACUUUUAAAAGGCCAAUUUUGAGCUCUGACCCAUCAAUUUCUGUUCAUGAACUUCAACAGCAUGAUCAGUUUAUCAUAUUUGCUUCUGAUGGUCUUUGGGAACACCUUAGCAAUCAGGAUGCUGUUGAUAUAGUUCAAAAUCACCCACACAAUGGAAGCGCUCGGAGGCUCAUCAAAACUGCUUUGCAGGAAGCAGCUAAAAAGAGAGAGAUGAGGUACUCUGAUUUGAAGAAAAUUGACCGCGGUGUCCGGCGGCAUUUCCACGAUGAUAUCACUGUUGUAGUUGUAUUUCUGGACUCCAAUCUUGUCAGUAGAGCUAGCUCAGUAAGAGGUCCUCCUGUGUCAGUGAGAGGAGGUGGGGUUCCCCUACCUUCUAGAUCUUUGGCACCUAUGGAAUUUAGUUCUGGCUGAUGAAGCGCUUUAUGAUCUGUUACAUUUGUAUGUAGUGUUGCACCCUUAGCAAACAUUGAGCUCUGGUGACCCACCAGCUUGUAUAUCCAGUUUAACAGAGAUUGAGAAAACAUCUGGUCAAUUAAUACAAUGUAGCAAGUAACUUGGGGCAUGUAGCUAGCGUUGAGUAAAAGCAUAAUUGAAAUAGAGCACCAAAGCCAAAGGUGAGCUUGAAUGUUUGAUCUUGGAGAGACAUCUUGUGCAUAUGAGCAUAUCACAUUUUUCUCUUCCAAUGGGGAGUGAUUUCUGUAAAUUAUACGUUGCACUCUUUGAAUGCUGAACUAGUUUUUUGCA